AUGUUGACCGAAGAACUCCCCGCCGAAGGUCACCCCCCUGGCGGGGGGGUUUCUCCGAAUGGCACCGGCGGCGGCGGCGGCGGCGGCGGCGGCGGUGCCCCUACCGCGGAGGGCACCGCCGCAGUGGCGGCGGUGGUCGGCGGAAAGUCGGCCACGCCGCCGUUACCGCGCGGCAAGGGUCCGGGGGGCCUGCGGGGUAACGUUAGCGUUGACGGCGGCGGUGAGGGUGGUGGUGCUGGUGGUGGAGAAUGGGCAUGCUCGCGGUGUGCGUACCACAACCCGGCGUCGCAGCUCGAGUGCGAUCUUUGCGACACCCCUCGAUCGGUGGUGGCUGCGGCGCCGAGAGCAAAGCAGGCGGGAAGCAGCAGCGAGGGGGGUGGAGUGACGUGCGGCUCGAGGAAGAGCGGUGGCAGCGGCGGUAGCGGUGCCGGCCAAGGCCGGGCCAAAAACCGGAAGGACGACGACGACGACGACGACGACGACGACGCGUGGAUUGUAGAUAGCGAUGAAAGCGGCGGCGGCGGCGGCGGUGGCAAGAAGAUCGGAGGGAGGAAGAGGAGGCUGGUCAAAGCCGAGGAAGAAGACAACGAGCCCGUCGAUGUCGACAGCGGCAGCGACCACGGCGACGGGUCCCGGGACCGCGGGCGGGGUGGCAGGAAAAGGGGCAGGGGAGACGCCGCCGCCGCCGCCGGCGGCCGCGGCAACGGGCGGGCCGCGAGGAAACAAAAGACGGCAGGCGCGGACAGCGACGAUGACGACGGCACGCCAGAAGAGGAAGAGGAAGAGGAAGAGGUGGAGGUGCUGCCGGUCGCGGGGAAGGGACGUCGAUCGGGCGGGGGGAGCCACCUCCGGAAACGGACCACCUGCGGCGGCGGCCGCGGCGGUGGGCGAUACUGUGACGACGUGAGCUCGGAUGAAAGCCUCCACAGCAGUGGCGACGACGAUUUCGUACUGACGAAGAAGCGGGGAAAGCAACCCGCCAAGGGCUUGCUGUCCUCUGGAGGGAAGGGGAAAGGAAUGGGCCGAGGGGUGCGGGGUGACGCUAUCGGCAAGCGAGGCCGUGGGCCCGGGGGGGGGUCGGGGCAGGCGAAGGGUACAUGUGUAGCUGCCGCCGCCGCCGCGGCCGCCGCUUCCUCCGCUUCCAAGGCAAAAGAGCCGCGGAAGCUCGUGGUGUUCGCUCACCACAAGGAAGUGAUGGAUGCCCUCGAGAGGGGUCUCGACGAGAUAGGGGUCUGUUCCGUGCGGAUCGACGGCAGCACCGCUCAGAAGAAGCGCCAGCCAAUCGUCGACCGCUUCCAAGGCAGCUCCUCGGUGUCGGUGAUCCUCCUCUCCAUCACGGCGGCCGGCGUGGGCAUCACCCUUACCGCGGCGUCGUGCGCGGUGUUCGCCGAGCUCUACUGGACGCCCGGGUCCAUGGCUCAGGCGGAGGACCGGAUCCACCGGAUCGGGCAGAAGGCCAAGACCGUGCUGAUACGAUACCUCGUGGGUCGAGGCACCAUGGACGACGGCAUGAUUAGCACGAUACACCGCAAGCAGACAACGCUCAGGUCGACCGUUGGGCUCAACCGGGACGCCGGGGGCUACAGCAACGUGCCGGGCAGGGAGCACCGCCUCUUGAGUCCUGGGAACACCCCAAGCCCAGUCCCUCCCCCGGCGAUGCCCGUGUCCAUGCUGUACCGCCGCGAGCGGUCACAGCGCAAGCUCGAGUUUGCACCAGCGGCACCGAGUGAGCAGCAGCGUUCAGCAACGGCGGCGGCGGCGGCGGCGGCGGAAGCUGAUCCAACAACCGCUUCAUCGCCACCGCCACCGUCAGAAGUGAAUGGGGCGUCGUCGUCGUUAUCACCCAGCAGACUGCAGCAAGGCGUGGAUUGCGUGGAUCUUAGCGGGUGUCCCACGAGAGGAGGUAGGCCUUCUUCUCCGCAUGGUCUUGACGGCGGCGGCGGCGGUGUUGGAGGCGGCGGUGUGAGUCCCUGUCUUCCCGCUGCGAAGGCUGCCGGCCCGGCCCCGGCUACCGCUUCUUCUGGUCCGUCACUUCCCCAGCAAGCUUCACCACGAACACAACCGUCGCAUACGUCAUCGAUACCACCACCAUCACCAUCAACAGCAGCAGCGGCGGCAAUGCCGUUGUCUUCCGGCGCCGAGGCGAAUGCCUCCGCGGUAAAAACGACGGCUGGCGGUGGCGGUGCGGGAACCUCCCACCAAAGCGGCAGCCAGCCUCUGUCGGCGGGAUCCCAGAGAGAAGGAAGGCAGGCGACGGCGGUAGGCGGCGAUGGGGCAGCGAAGGCAACGACUGUCCUCUCGGCUCAAGUUCAGGAACGCAUCGCUCGCAACAAGGCGAUGGCGCUGGAGAGGCUGGCCCAGCGCAAGAAACAAAAACAAGGCGAGCAGCAGCAGCAGCAGCACAAUCAUCGCCGCAGUCCGAACCCGCAGAUCCUUUCUCAGGGCAGCAGCAAUGGAGACAAUAGUUGUGGUAGGUCUCCGUAUUCCCAGCAGCAGCAAGACAGGUCACCUCGAGAGAACGCACCGCGGCAGCAGACUUGGAAGGAACAGCGGGCACAAAAUCGGCAGAAGCAGCAGCAGCAGCAGCAGCCACGACCAGAGCGGCAAAGAACGCCGCAACAGCAGGCACGUUGGCAGCACCAGCAAAGCGUCUGGAAGCAGCAUCGAGAGUUCCACCGAUCCCGCCGCGGGGGCCGGAGCGCCGCGGGUAGCGGGAGGGGGGCGGGGGGGGACCACGGUUUUUGUGCGGAAGGUGUCGCUAGAUACGUCGGUGGUGGUGGUAGCAGUAGCGGUGUUGUUGGUGGGUUGUGGUCGGAAAGCGGGGGCGGCGGGAGCGAGACUGGGGUCGGGGCGUCGGCUGGGGACGAGACAGCGACGCCGAAACGCCCCACGGCAACGACAAGAAGAAGCGCUGAUUGACGGCAGACGGACGAGGAAAUCGGGGUUGCUUACUCCCUGCUGCUGCUGCUGCUGCUGUGGUGUAUUGCAACAGAGGGUUUCCUUGAUGCACGCAGGCGUGUUGUCAUUCGUCGUGGCGCCGCUUGUCCUUCUGUGCUGUCGUUGAUGUUGUCGAGACAUUCAUACAUGCGAGCCAGACCCAGCCGCGUCGUGUUUUGUCGGCUUGUAUCGAUCUCGUUGGAGCGUGUUGGGAGGGACGGGCCGCGUGUGUAUCCGAAGCGUCCACAAUACUGAUCGCAACUGAUGUGUACAGCGCGAACAGAGAGCACGAAUCAGCAAAGGUUUAGUUGCGUCAAAAACUGCUCGAACUGAGAGAAAAACAUUUGU